GCUCCGAGAGAAAGCCUGCAGCGGACGCAACACGCCGAACAGGUUUAGUUUUUAUCUUUAAGGGAGUGUAUUCUUAACACAACUAAUCUGAUCUGCAUAUGAAAAGGCGGAGACCUGGUCAAAGACAUGAUUUGGUUUUGUCGCAGAAGAGAUUUUGCAGUCCAGCAGAGAUGGUGCUGAAACAACAGCUACCCAGUAUUAAGCACCGCUGAGGUCCAUCUGUGUUUCUCUCUCUUUCUCUGUACUACACCCUGAAGAACAGGAUCCUACACGCAGAUUUCAUCAGGUGCUUGUCCACAGGGCCCUGAAGCUGACUUCUAAAUACGCCACCAAUCAUCACUGGAGUACCACCACCUAGACAGGACUAAGGAGUGACCCCUUCCCCUCUGGUUCAGAUGGCAGACGGUCGGCAGCCCGAGGACAGCGGCCCCCAGUGGUCAUCUCCGGGAGCCCAGGGCUCAUCCUCCCCAGGUGGGCAUGGAGAGAACGGCUUCUCUUCUACCUACAGGACUUGUCAGCCUGGCGGUGCCCACUCUGGUUCUGCCGCCUCCUACACUAAAGAGAACGGCUUCAACGGAGACCUCACCUCUGGACACGCUGUGACUGCUGAGCAAGUAUCAGCGCGGAUCGUGCAGGAGGUUACGGCCGAAGCGGUAGCGGUACUGAAGGGAGAGCAGGAGCUGCAUCCGGACACUGCCGUCAGGCUGCCAUCAGUGGAGGACUCUGCAAACCUGCCGCCCUCACCUCCUCCGUCCCCAGCAGCAGAGCAUUUUGGGCCUUUGGAUCAAGAUGUAGGGGAUGAGGAGGAAGCAGGUCCUCUCCGCCGCUUCCAAAAUUCUCGCGAGAGGUGCAAGUUCCUCGCCCCCUCCAUCUCAGUGUCUGUGCCUGAGGAUGACCCCUACCACUCUGACGAGGAAUACUAUGAGCACCCUUUAUUCAGCCCAGAGUGGACGCGCUCUGGCUCUCGCCCCCCAGGGCAGGCCGCCGCGUUUAGACAGAUCGAAGAGGAGACCAUAGAGAGUCUCUCAGCUGCGGAGGAGGAAGAGGAGGAGACUUCAGAAGCCGCAGCAACAGCAGCAGCUCUAGAGGAAGAGGAGGAGGAGGAGCAGUGGAGUGGGGAGGAGCCUGAGCAGGAACCCCCAUCUGAGCUCCUACAGCGGGCAGAGGUCAUAGGCGAGGCCCAGACUCUGCCCGGCCUGCAGGCUGAGGUUCACACACAGGCAGCUACUGCUGCCGACGAGGCCACUAAUGGGAAAGCUGAGGAGGCAGGGGGGCAAGAAAGCCCUGCAGAAGCUGUGAAGAUGGAAGCAGAGCGACCAGACAGUGAAAGGACAGAUCCCAUUGGCAUGGACUUCACUGAAUCUGCAAUGCAUCUAGAUGAUGAACUCCCAUCUUACCAGAGCCUUGCCAGAGACGCAGAUAUGCCGGAAAGCCCCUUUGCCCGAACAUGCCCCAUGGAGGAUUUUGGAGUGCCUCCAAGUGACCAGGGUCAUGCUAAAGGACCUUGCAAGGCUCCAAAUGAAAAGCCUGAUGUACAAAGUGGUGCUGUGAAACAGUCUUUAACUGAAACGUGUGACUCCAGCAAUAUCCAUGAGGUCAAACAAGGGCAAAUUGAAGACAAACAAAUGGAAAUAACAAAAGAGGAGGACAUGAAGGACAAAUCUGGGAUGUCUGCUUAUUUUGAGACCACUACAAUUAAGACAGAUGCCUCCGGGUCUCAAGGAGAAGGGUAUUAUGAGCUGAGUACUAAAUCAGAAGAACAGAAAGACUCUGUUGCUGACCUACCACUUCCUGAAAUCAGUUACAGCACCUUGGCCCAAACACACUCUUUGGAAGUCCAACCAGAUCUUCCGAAAAGUAGCGCAGACACACUACACACUGCUUUACCUGUAGACAGAAGAGAUGACUGCAGACUGUCUCCUGGAAAACUGGCACUAGAGCAAAGAAGUUACUCUUUAAAUAUCACCAUUGGAGCAAUGGACCAUGGUGAUGCUCAAGGACGUCCAAGAAUCCUCUCUCCGUUAGCCACUGACAUCAUGUCUCAUACUAGUGGGAGCCUUGACGAAUCUGCCGAUUACCUUCCUGUCACCACUCCCUCAGUAGAGAAGCUCCCUCAGUUUCCACCAGUGAUCCUGGAGACAACUGCCUCUACCACAACUCCAUCAUCUUCCCCUCCCCAGGAAACAGUCACUGAUGUAAAGACAAGUCCACAGUCAGAGUCUCCAGAAUCCCCUGUCCAAGCUAAGAGCUGUUAUAAGAAUGGCACCGUCAUGGCCCCAGACUUGCCUGAAAUGCUGGACUUGGCAGGUACUCGAUCAAGGUUGACAUCUGACAACACUGACUCCGAGAUUAUGAGAAGGAAGUCUGUCCCAAUGGACAUGUCUUCUCUAGUAAGUGAUUCUUUAGCACAUUUGUUCAAAGGUGACCAGGGCCAGAUGGCUACAAAGAGAGAAAUGCAGUUGGAGGAGCAAGGAUAUUGUGUUUUUAGUGAAUACUCUGGUCCUAUGCCAUCGCCUGCGGAUCUGCACAGUCCAAUGGACUCAUCUCCUCAAAUCUUCAACACUGUGAUAUCAGAGGAGAAGGAAACUGGUCUUGUUGCAUUUGGACAACAGGAGUGUCCAUCGACUGAAGAUCUGAAACCAACACAGGUUGUUACACCACAGGUAAAACAGGAGUGUGCAUCGACUGAAGAUCUGAAACCAACAGAGGUUGUUACACCACAGGCAAAACAGGAGUGCCCAUCGACUGAAGAUCUGAAACCAACAGAGGUUGUUACACCACAGGCAAAACAGGAGUGUCCAUCGACUGAAGAUCUGAAACCAACAGAGGUUGUUACACCACAGGCAAAACAGGAGUGUCCAUCGACUGAAGAUCUGAAACCAACAGAGGUUGUUACACCACAGGCAAAACAGGAGUGUCCAUCGACUGAAGAUCUGAAACCAACAGAGGUUGUUACACCACAGGUAAAACAGGAGUGUCCAUCGACUGAAGAUCUGAAACCAACAGAGGUUGUUACACCACAGGCAAAACAGGAGUGUCCAUCGACUGAAGAUCUGAAACCAACAGAGGUUGUUACACCACAGGCAAAACCAGAAGAAGAAAAGCCAAAGAAUGAAGAAUCCUCUGAAAUUGAAAGUACACCUUCUGAAAAACCUCAUGUAGAGACUAAGCAAGAGGACUCUGAUCUUUUGAAGACUGAACAUUUGGAAGAAACUAAGAGUCCAGCUUUACCUGAUAAUGAGAAAGGACAGUUAGACAAACAAGCUGAAACCUUUAUCACACCGAAGGUGACAGUAACUCUGGAGGAAGCAAGGCCUGAUCUUGAUGCAGGUUUCAAACUUGGUGCUGAAACCGAAGCUGAAAUAGCUGACUAUGAGAGGCAAAUUCGCAAAUUGGAGAUGGAGGACCGACCUUUGAGUGUAGAGGAGGAGCGGGAGCUCCAGGAACUCAGGGAGAAGGUGAAGAAUAAACCAGACCUUGUGCAUCAGGAAGCUUACGAAGAGGUAGAUGCAGAGGAUGCGUACCAGCUCACUGGAGCUGCAAAGGACAGAAUUGCUCGGCCCAUCAGACCAUCUCCAGCAUCUUCUGUAGAAAGUGCUACCGAUGAGGAGAAAAUGCAUGUUAGUGACACUGAAAAACCUAGAUCACCAGGUGAGAAAGAAUCUCUUAAAACAGAUCCUAAUAGAUUAUCUCCUGUUGGGUCUUUUGAGAAAUAUUUUAGAGAGGAGAGACCUUCUGAGCAGGAGGUAAAGCAGAAAGACUCAGUACAGCCCCUCAAAGAGAAAGUUGCUGAGGAGAAACCUCAGUCAGCUCCUUCCAAGACAGACGAAGCUCCACUUGACACCACAGUGACUCAAGAAGUAGAGGAAGAGGUGGAGCUUGCUGAGGAACCUGAUGAGGUCAUCCCAGAACCAAAACCUGCACUUAAUGUGGAAGAGAAGCCGGUGGUAGAUAAAACUGAACCAGAUGAGGUUGUGGUUGAAAAAGAGGAGGAAAAAGUGUUUGAGAAAGAACACGUGGAAGAUGAGGAAAUCUUGGAAGGGGCCAAAGCUGCAGAAGACACUGUUGAGCCUAGAGCUGCGAUUGAGUCAGUAGUGACAGUGGAAGAUGACUUUAUUACAGUAGUGCAGACCAUUGAUGAGAGCGAAGUCUCUGGACACAGUGUACGCUUCUCAGCUCCCCCUGAGGAGGAACAUCCACAGCUCCUCCAAGAAGAAGAAGAGGAGGACGAGUCUGUGGAAAUGGCACAGGAAGUAGAGAUGGAGGCUCCCAGUUUGGAGGAAGCUCUAGAUGUUCCAGAGCCUGUUGAGCCUCCUGUAUGUCCAGCUAAAGAGAUAGAAGUACCAGAGAGUGAGGCCCCAACCCAAAGCUACGAUGAAUACAAAGAUGAAACUACCAUUGAUGACUCCAUCUUAGACAGCUCCUGGGUGGAUACUCAAGAUGAUGAUAAGAGCAUGGCCACCGAGAAAAUUGAGCCUCUACCCAGAGUGAUGAGCCCUGUCAAGAAACCACAUGCGGAGAAACCAGCGAAACAGAGGGCUAAAGGCGGCAGGACCAAAGGACGAAUCACCACCCCUGAACGCAAACCUGUUCGCAAAGAGCCGGUACCCAUCCAGAAGGAUGAGAUGAAGAAGAAAAAAGCUGUGAUUAGGAAGGCUGAGCUCACAAAAAAAUCUGAUAUUCAGACGUGCUCGCCUUCCCGGAAGAGUGUUUUAAAGGCUACAGUAAGGCACCCUAGACCUACCCAACAUCACGCGUGUGUUAAGCGGAAACCCACAGUGUCUGCAGAUGGUCGACUGCCCUUCAGUGUGGCCAGGCACUCCAGAGACAGAGCAUCUACCUCCAAUCCCACAACAUUAACAAAGAUCCCCACUUCUAAAAUUUGGGCAGAGGCUUUGCUGCCAGCCCGGCCGAACUCGGCCAGCUCCUUCAAUAAAAGGAGCCCGUUGGUGGAGGCAGAUCUUUAUGAGCCCCGCCCUUCCUCAGCGGGCCCACAAGUAUCACUAAAUUCAUAUGCUGUAAAGGAUGGUGGUUCUCGGAGCCCAGAGAAAAGGUCGUCCCUUCCACGGCCAGCAUCCAUACUAACUCGCCGCCCACAAAUGGCUGAUCAUGAGGAGAGCUCCACUUCCAUUACCAGCUCUGGGUCCACAGCACCACGCAGGCCCACAUCGUUCCGUACUGAAGUCAAAGCAGAGCACAGGACAGGCAGGUCUCAUAGUAUGACAGGCGUAGAGACUGCUCGGUCCCGCUCGGCCCGCAGUGGCACAUCCACACCCCGCACACCCGGGUCCACAGCCAUCACCCCUGGAACCCCUCCCAGCUACUCCUGCCGUACUCCAGGCACCCCCCACACUCCAGGAACCCCCAAAUCUCUCAGCCUGCUGUCCCAGGAAAAGAAAGUGGCCAUCAUCCGAACACCUCCAAAAUCCCCGGCGACUACACCCAAACAGCUGCGCAUCAUUAACCAGCCACUGCCUGACCUCAAGAACGUCAAAUCCAAGAUCGGUUCUAUUGACAACAUCAAGUACCAGCCCAAGGGGGGCCAGGUUCAAAUUCAGUCUAAGAAGAUUGAUCUUAGUCAUGUGACCUCCAAGUGUGGAUCACUGGACAACAUUCGCCACAGGCCAGGUGGUGGUAAUGUGCGCAUUGAGAGUGUGAAGCUGGACUUCAGAGAAAAAGCCCAUGCAAAGGUGGGCUCCCUGGAAAACGCCCACCAUACACCCGGAGGAGGACAUGUACAGAUCGAAAGCCAUAAGCUGAUGUUCCGUGAUGUGGCUAAAGCACGCGUAGAUCACGGGGCGGAGAUUGUGAUCGAGACACUCCGGCUGUCAGGCGGCACCUCCCCUCACCGGCACAGCCACAUGUCUUCGUCCGGAAGCAUCAACAUGCUGGAGUCGCCACAGCUGGCCACGCUGGCCGAUGAUGUGACCGCCGCCCUGGCCAAACAAGGCUUGUGAAUCCCCCAAAACGUCUACAGUAGUCCCCUUCAGUGGUGUCACAGUUCACCUUUCCUCCCUCUGGUAUUUAUGGAACACUACAGAUUCACUUCUCAUAUUCACACUUUCCUCUUCAUCAACCAACAAUCUCGCAGAACCCUGUCGUGACUAUCGGAAAUGGAAAAAAUUGUAUCUGUUUUAUUUGAUUUUAUUUUUGUUCAUUUUAUUGAAUAACGACGUAGCUAGAGAGGUACCAGUGCUUUUUAUUACCCAUGUUACAUGUGACUUUUUAUGGUUGCGUACAGACAGUGGCCUCAAAAGCUGGUUUAGGGUCAGCGUCAGGUGUGUUGCGUAAAAGUCAGUCGAUCGGAAUUUUUUAUAUACAGGAAUGUGGCGCGCCGAUCUCAUGCUGCACGUGUUAUUUUGCCCAUUCAGUGCAUGGACUCUUCAACAUCUCAACUGCGAGUCACGUACGAUCAAACACGGUAUACAUUAUAAGGGAAUAUAUUUAUAAAUAUGCCAGCUCUUUGUCUCAACAUCUAAUGCUCAAUCGAAAAAAGAAAUGAUUACUCCUUCAAUAACUUAUACCUGUACAACUGCAUUUGAAAAAAAAAAAAAGAAAACCUAGAUAGUAUGACGAGCAUGUAUUCUAGUACACAAAAGAGGCUAUUUUCUAUUUCAAGGGAUUUUAGUAAGUUAUUGAAACAUUGAAUAAAAUGAACACAUCAUGUUUUGUAGAUGUUUAGCUUGUACAUUAUUUCGGAUGAGCGCACCUCUGCCUUCGCUGUCGUUAAGAAAACGUUGCUUCCGUGGAUCUUUGUCGGUACACAGUUUAAGCAGAUUCGUGCUUCAAUUCACACAAAAUGAUGAUGUUAUGGUUACGCAAAGACUUUCAAGGGCUCCAGGUAUACAUGAAUCAUGGAAGAUCUGCUCAAAUUUGCUCAAAGUCUUGAGGUGUGAACCGUACCGCCAUUUUUCAGAGUCGAGAUGGGAACGGAUUGGUGGUGCUGUGGCCCUCAUUUGAUUCUUAAAUGUAGGGAACAGCUCCUUGGGACUUUGUCAGUGUGUUAGGCCCUGUGUUUGUUUGCUGAUUCCUGCUUGGAUGCUUAGUUUUCUUUCUUAGGAAGUGGAAAAAGAAACAAAGAAAUCAAAACAUUAUGAAGGAUACUCACUCCGCUUGCAUCUGUUUGAACACAGUACUCCAGUAUAUUUUCUCUCGUCAUUUGUGGUUCUCCCCUGGCCCUUUUCCUCUAGAACAGCUGUCAUUCGUAGGCUUCUGUGUUUUCUCGGCCCCUCCCUUUCCCUGAUUCCCUCAGCUGCUGUAAAUGUAUUUAAAAGGUCACUUAGAUGUACGCAGUUUUUCUCCUGUUGGUAUGAUACAGAUUAUAAAUGCCCUUAUCAGUUAUGACAAUAAAAAUACAGAAAAUCAACAAAA